UUAAACGAAUAAGUGUACCUCCAAACAGUUGCAGUGACCAGUAAAAUAUUAGGUCGAUUCCGUUUUGUUGAAGCUGCGUUCAAUCAAUAAUUUAUAGUUAACAUAUAAUUUCCGUAUAUAUACAGGCACCGUAGAUUAUGUUCUUACACGAUAUAAAUGCCAUGUUGAUGGAUGGAUUUAUUAUAUUAUGAUCCUGAGUUACAGUACCUGAGUGAAGGGAGAUGAGUCUUGCGCUGUUGCACGAUAACUAUUUUUCCCAUUAUGGCAGGGGAACUGAAAUGUCCCAGCAGUUCUUUGGAGCAGUUUAUUUUACUAGCACGAAACACUAAAGGAUCAGCGUUGAUUGCUCUCAUUAAUCAGGUGCUAGAAGCACCUGGAGUGUAUGUAUUUGGAGAGCUUCUGGAUUUGCCCUGUGUCCAGGAGCUUUCAGAAGGUCCCAACAAAGGAUAUUUUCAACUCUUAAAUGUGUUUGCUUAUGGUACUUACCUUGAUUACAUAGCAAACAAAGAAACACUGCCUACCUUAACUCACACCCAGCAGAACAAAUUGAAGCACCUGACCAUUGUCAACUUGGCAGCACGAAUGCAGCAGAGCAUUCCUUACUCAGUGCUGCUGAAGGACUUGGAAAUAAAGAAUCUGCGCGAGUUAGAGGACCUGAUCAUUGAAGCUGUCUACACUGAUGUCAUCCGGGGAAAGCUGGACCAACGUAGGCAGCUCCUUGAAGUGGAUCUCUGUGUCAGCCGGGAUAUCCAAGCCAGGAACAUCAGUAGCAUCGUAGACACGCUCCAGCAGUGGUGCAGUAGCUGUGAAUCGGUCACAUCAGCGAUCGAACUGCAGAUCAACAGGGUGAAUCUGUGUCGAAAGAAUCAUCUCAGAGCUCAGCAGCGAUCUGAAACAGAAGUGAGUAACAUCAAGAAAACAUUGAAGGCAACAGCCUUGCCCUCCUCACAAGAAAUGGACUCCUCCUCGCUGGAUUGGGAAGGCUCCCAGCCCAGUGAUCAGAGGCCGCUGUCGAAGAUGAUGUCCAAGACGAAAGGACCAGUCCAACACUAAGCUCACGGAUCAGCCUGUGCUCCUCGCCUGUCCGUAAGCCUUACUGAGGGGAAUCUUGCUGCACCACUGUGGAAAACUGAGUGUUUUUGCGAAAAAAGAAAAUAAAAAUUGUAGCAGUUAGAGC